GUGUGUGUGUGUGUGUGUGUGUGUGUGUGUGUUGGCACUUUGACACCCAAACGCGCUGUGCGCGCACAACGUGCCGUGCCGUGAUUUGCCGUUCAUCGCCAAUGCAGCCUAAGGGAAAGGCUUAACGGAUCGCAUACAGACAGACAGGCAGCGUCAAACCCGGCUCAUUAAAAUCCCGUCUGCAGACGCUAAGCCGGUCGCGCGCAGUAGCCCACUACCACAGCUCCUCGCGGUGCUGCAGACGGACCCCAAAGCGCGCGGUAAAAGUGCCGAGAAGAGGGCAACUGCUCGGUAAAAUGGGACCGAACCCGAGCAGUUAAUUGGUUCCGAGAUAAACGCGCACACAGCUGAGGGGGAGGCCAAACGUUGUGGAGGUUAAAGGCGACAUGACGAAAACGGGCAAUAUCUGAACUUUAGAGGAUCAGCUGUAAGGACAGGGUACAGCCCACCGAUCUGACCGGCACACCGAGGAACGGAAUCACAGUUUGCGUCAGUGUGUCAAAGGCAGAGCCAGCAGUAUGGCGCGCAGUGACAGUCGUUUGGACACCUGGCAGGUGCUUCUGACCAUCUCCAUGGUCAUCAUCCCGCUGUCUGCUCACGGGAGGCAUUCUCUGUCAAGGCACCAUCAUCACCACAACCAAUCAUCUGUCAACAAGGAGGCCUUGAACGCCCGGAUGGUGCUCAGUGAUGACUCAGCAGAGAGGGACCACCUGAUCGGCCUCGGGGCUAAACUCCCAGUCAGCUCCACCAAACAUCACCAUUCUCAUAAACAUGCCCACCUAGACGUUGUUGAUGAAGACCCGCCUGUGGGGGAGGAGCUGACUGCCGGAGGCGCGGGGCCGGACCAGCCCGGAAACCCCAUGUCUGAUGAAGUCAUCACCGUGGAGUUUCACAGCCCUGCCCCUGACGGUGUGCCCGCUGACGGUGAUCUGGACUGGGCCAAAGCCCCUCAACCCCAGAAGCAAAAAGGAGGAGACCCAACUGCCUGGACGCUUUCUGACUUUUACGACUACCUUUCCCCUGACAACGACCCCUCAGCCCUGGAUGCCACCCCAGAACCUGAGCCCACCCCUUCACCCCCGCCUGACAUGGAAGAUGAAAAUCCGCUCCUGGCUGGUUCUCCUGCUGUUCCUGACAACGUGAGGUCUGACGUGGAGCCCUCCAUACCAGCUCCCUCCAUGCCAGCGCCAGACACAGGUGAUGGGUUAGGGUUAGGGGGCGCCAUGGGGGCCGACGGCUGCAGGCUGGGCUAUGUGCGCUCUGGACCUGGAGUCUGUGUGUCUCAGUGUGACAUUGAACCCAAUUUCUGCCUCAAUGGAGGAGUUUGCACCGUGGUGGCAGGAAUGGGAGCUUUCUGCAGGUGCAAUGUGCAGGAGUACAUCUGGAACAAAGGCACACGCUGUGAUUGGGCGAUCACAGAGUUCCAGGUGAUGUGCGUGCUGGUGGGCGUGGCUUCAGUGGUACUCAUCUUCCUCUUCAUGAUCAUUGUGUGCUUUGCCAAGAAGCUGCACCGUCUCAAGAACGAGAACAAACGCCUUCGCAAACGCAGGUGUGUGACUGGGAGUAAAUACCGCCCACAGAGCAGCGAGCCACAGACAGACGGCCUCUCCGUGUCCACCAUGGCCGACGGCUCGCAGCCAAACGAUGACCCUCAGAAGCAGGAAGACCCAGCGAAGUCCGCCCAAGCCAAGGAAGAGGGUUCAAUGAACAUCCUCAACUCUCACUCCCCCAAACACGAGAACAACCGUCCGACCUCUGUUGCCCACGACCCGGGCCACACCCCUAACAACACAGAGGAAAACGCAGAGGAUGGAGUCACAAUUGGCCUGGAGGUGCUCCUCCCCAAAGAGGCCAAGCUCCACUCAGAGACCGGCUCGCCCCUUCAAUAUGACGUCUUCCUCUACAAGGUUCCCAACAGUGAAGACUCCACCUCUCCCAUCCACGCCCCUCCCACACAGAGCGGCAACUCAUACUCCUCCUCUCACCCCAUGCCCAAAUCGCCCAAAACACCCAAGACGCCCAAGGUGCAUAAAUCACCCAAACACAGCAGGGAGCACUCACACAGCAGCCGCGAAGCCUUGUCUGGGAGGCACUCCUCACCCGGACGUCACCCCUCACCCGGACGUCACCCCUCACCCAGCCGUCAUUCUGCUACAAGUUCCUGCCAUCCACCCUCCCAUCACUCCCCCUCCCGGUACACUAGCUUCCCCCCCUCCUCCUCCUCCUCCACCCCACCUGAGUUACGCAGGCCCAGAGGUCGGUCUCAGGCCCUGGGCUCUGAGCGCUCUGGGACAGGGAGAGAGCACCACGGUGGACACCUCCAUCCUUCCCCCUCCUCUCCCCACCUCACCCAGCCUUCUCCAUCCCCAUCCAGGGUGAAGUGCAGCCCGGUCAGCACCAGAUCUCUGCCUGUUCUGUCCUGACCUCCACGGAGCCUCCAUCCACGCACAAACAUCAUAGUCUAAUCUAUCCAGCCAUGUGUCCACCAUGACUCUAACUUUUUAUAAUGAUAGAUUAACCAUCAAUUUAUCAUCCACCUUGCCUCUGCACAUUCAAAUCCAGAGGAGGAGCACAUCACCUGGUUUUGGAGCCAGAAAACAAGAACUGGGACAACUCAUCACACUCUCUCAAACUGCAGACAUGAUGCACACA